AUGUUAGGUUGGUGUGAUUCUUGCCAGAAAUGGGAAAUGGAAAGGGGAUACUUGAUGGAUAAUAACAAUUGGAGGCCUUCUCUUCCGAAUGGAGAAUCUGCCAUGGACACUGGUGACUGGAGAACUCAAUUACCACCUGAUUCACGCCACAAGAUCGUCAACAAGAUAAUGGAAACACUAAAGAAGCACCUUCCAUUUUCUGGAGCAGAGGGAAUUAACGAACUCAGAAGAAUUGCUGCCAGAUUCGAGGAGAAAAUUUUCAGCGGUGCUGCUAACCAGACUGAUUACCUUCGGAAAAUAUCCAUGAAGAUGCUGACUAUGGAGACGAAAUCGCAAACUGCAGCUGGCUCUUCCUCAUCUAUCCCUGCCGCUAAUAAUGGCACAUCCAUGGAUUCGAUACCCAACAAUCAAGGACACCUUCUUCCAGGAUCAUUACCAACCAAUCAAUCUCAAGCACCUCAGCCGUUGCUGUCCCAAACUAUGCAGAGUAAUACAGCCUCAGGAAUGACGGGUUCUACUGCUUUACCAUCUUCCAUGCCGCCUGUUUCUUCCAUAGCUAAUAAUAAUGUUACAAGCGCUGUAAACCAGAAUUCGAAUAUGCAAAAUGUGGCCGGAAUGUUGCAAGAUUCAUCUGGGCAGCAUGGCCUUUCAUCGAACAUGUUCUCAGGAUCUCAAAGGCAGAUGCUGGGCAGGCCACAUGCUAUGUCUUCACAGCAGCAACAGCAGCCACAGAGUGCACAAUAUCUUUAUCAGCAGCAGUUACAGCAGAACCUUCUCAAGCAGAAUUUUCAGUCGGGGAAUGUCCCCAAUCCCAAUUUGCUUUUGCCAUCACACAUGCAACAACAGCAACAAAAUGUGCCUCAGCCUAACCAACUGCAUACGUCUCAACAGCCUGGUAUUCCAACAUCUACUACGCAGCCCUCCACUGUGAAUUCAGCUCCUCUCCAGGGUCUCCACACAAAUCAGCAAUCAAGUUCGCAGUUGUCUGCUCAGCAGACGACACAAUCGAUGCUUCGUCAGCAUCAAUCGGCGCUGCUAAGGUCACAUCCACAAUCACAACAAGCCUCUGGCAUGCAUCAGCAGCAAACUUCAUUGCCACAGCAAUCAAUUUCUCCUCUACAACAGCAGCAAACACAAAUGAUGCGGCAGCAAGCUGCAAAUAGCUCAAGCAUCCAACAGAAGCAGACGAUGGGGCAGCAUGUUGUUGGGGAUAUGCAGCAGCAACAUCAGCAAAGCCUUCAGGCGACACAUCAGCAACCACUGGGAACUCAAAGCAAUGUUGCAGGAUUGCAGCAACCACAACAACAGUUGCUCAGUUCCCAGGCUGGCAAUUCGAGCUUGCAGGCUAAUCAGCACUCGGUGCACAUGUUAUCACAGCCAGCGGUUGGGCUGCAACGAACGCAUCAGACUAGCCAUGGCUUGUUUUCUUCUCAGGGACAGCAACAGUCACAAAAUCAGCCAUCCCAACAGCAGAUGAUGCCCCAGCUUCAAUCGCAUCAUCAGCAGCUAGGCUUGCAACAACAACCUAAUCUGCUACAACAGGAUGUGCAGCAAAGGCUACAAGUUUCAGGACAAGUCACAGGUUCCCUGCUUCCACCUCAAAAUGUAGUGGACCAACAGAGACAACUAUAUCAAUCCCAAAGAACCCUUCCAGAGAUGCCAUCUUCAUCACUGGAUUCGACGGCACAGACGGAAAAUGCAAAUGGAGGUGAUUGGCAAGAGGAGGUUUACCAAAAGAUCAAAUCCAUGAAAGAGGCGUACUUACCAGAUCUGAAUGAAAUCUACCAAAGAGUAGCAUCCAAGUUGCAGCAAGAUUCUCUUCCGCAGCAACAAAGAUCAGAUCAGUUUGAUAAACUGAAACAAUUCAAGACAAUGUUGGAGCGAAUGAUACAAUUCCUAUCUGUUUCAAAGAGCAAUAUCAUGCCUUUAUUAAAGGAUAAGGUGCCUAAUUAUGAGAAGCAGAUUAUAAGUUUCUUAAAUAUGCACAGGCCGAGAAGGCCAAUACAGCAAGGGCAGCAGCCUAUGCAGCAACCGCAAUCUCAAACCGUUCAAGAUCAAUCUCAUGAUAGUCAAACAAAUCAGCAGAUGCAAUCAAUGGGCAUGCAGGGUUCUGGGCCAAGGGCACAACAGAGUAGUCUGACAAAUAUGCAGAACAAUGUUCUAUCAUCUCGUCCUGGAGUUUCAGCUCCACAGCAGAACAUUCCCAGCUCCAUUCCGGGUUCUAGUUUAGAAUCAGGUCAAGGAAAUGCAAUGAAUAAUGGCCAGCAGGUUGCCAUGGGAUCCAUGCAACAAAAUACUUCUCAACAAGUAAACAACAGUUCUGCCUCUGCUCAAAGUGGGUUAAGCACACUGCAGUCUAAUGUUAAUCAAACCCAGCAGGGGAUGAAUGCCAGCCGUGGAAUGUUACAGCAACAUUCUCUGCAGGGUCAGCGUGCUACUUACCCUCUCCAACAGUUAAAACCAGGAUCCCAGCUUUCGGUUUCGUCACCUCAACUUCUGCAAGGUGCAUCUCCCCAGAUGUCACAACAGCAUAUGUCUCCUCUGAUCGACCAGAAAAAUCUGCCAUCUGUCAACAAGAUGGGAACUCCAUUGCAAUCUACAAACUCCCCUUUUGUUGUCCCAUCUCCUGCAACCCCCUUGGCUCCAUCCCCUAUGCAAGUUGACUCUGAGAAACCUUCUUCGUUGUCAAUGGGAAAUAUUGCACGCCAACAAGCAACUGGCAUGCAAGGUGUAGUUCAAUCUCUUGCAAUUGGCACUCCAGGGAUCUCUGCCUCUCCUCUCCUUCAGGAGUUUACUAGUCCUGAUGGAAAUAAUUUAAAUCCUUUGACAAUUACAUCUGGAAAACCGAGUGCAACUGAGCUUCCUAUUGAACGCCUUAUUAGAGCAGUGAAGUCCAUCUCACCACAAGCGCUUUCUUCUGCAGUAAGUGACAUUGGAUCUGUUGUAAGCAUGGUUGAUAGGAUAGCUGGUUCAGCCCCAGGAAACGGUUCAAGAGCUUCUGUUGGCGAGGACUUGGUUGCAAUGACUAAGUGCCGUCUCCAAGCAAGAAACUUCAUGACGCAGGAGGGAAUGAUGGCGACCAAGAAAAUGAAGCGUCACACAACUGCAAUGCCGUUAAGCGUUGCUUCGUUAGGAGGAAGCGUUGGUGAUAACUACAAGCAGUUUGCGGGUUCAGAAACAUCAGAUCUGGAAUCUACUGCGACUUCUGAUGGCAAGAAGGCAAGAACUGAGACUGAGCAUGCCCUUUUGGAGGAAAUCAAGGGAAUAAACCAGCGGCUGAUAGAUACAGUUGUUGAGAUUAGUGAUGAUGAAGAUGCUGCUGAUCCUAGUGAGGGAGCAACAGCAAGCAAAGUGUGUGAAGGAACAACAGUUAGAUUCUCGUUUAUAGCUGUUUCCCUCAGCCCAGCCUUGAAGGCUCAUCUCUCAUCAACACAGAUGUCUCCUAUUCAACCGUUGCGUCUGCUGGUUCCUUGUAGCUACCCAAACGGCUCUCCAUCUCUUCUGGAUAAACUCCCGGUCGAAACCAGCAAAGAGAACGAGGACCUCUCGUCCAAAGCUAUGGCAAGGUUCAACAUAUUACUAAGGAGUUUGUCACAGCCAAUGUCGCUUAAAGACAUAGCCAAGACAUGGGACGCUUGUGCUCGAGCUGUGAUCUGUGAGUACGCACAGCAAUUUGGUGGUGGAACAUUCAGCUCAAAAUACGGUACUUGGGACAAAUUUGUAGCUGCUUCUUGA